UAAUAAUUUGUAUAAAACCAUUAAAAUGUAUAAAUUUAUUUUAUUGGAACUAUUCCAGCUCUAUUUAGCAUUAUUGUAUUGUAAAUGCGACAGUGAAACUCAACAAGUUAAUUUAGAUUUAGAAAAGUUGCUGGUCAAAAUUAUCAAUCCGGCGAUCGCGAUUGACAAUUUAUUUACUAUAACGAACGAUUUUAAAUUUAACGACAAGAAUCCUAGAAAUUUAACUUAUUAUAUAAGUGAGGAAUGCCGUGCUGAUCUUAAUUUAUACCUAAAUGGAAUUCAACAUAGUAAGAUUUGGGCCCUACAUAUGGUUCACUCCUCGGGAAAAUAUCCUUCCCAUUCGAUAUACGAAGGAAACUUUAAUUCGUUAGGGUCUUUCGAUAGGUGCCUACUACCUUUGCAUAGUCUGAUAUCGCCCAGCUUAGGAUAUUCUACCAUGUCGACAUCGUAUUGCGUCGCGUCCAUCGACAUAAGUCGGUUUAUUUUUCCGGAUACGAGAUUGUAUCCCGAAAGUGUCAUAAAUUCUUUAAAAACCGAAGCUCCUAUUUCGGAUUCUUUACCAAGUUUAUACUUUCGUUUGGGACUAUGCUUACCAUCAACAUGCCUACCCGCCGACGUGCAAUUGUUAGUACAAUCGACGAUAAACCAUUACGGGAAGUCGUUAUUAAGGGGCGCUAUAAAUAUGGAACAACAUACGGGUUUAAAGGAAUUGAACGUGGAACAAGUGUGGUGUACAGGGCAUUCCUAUUUAAACAUUCCCGUUGCCUUAAACAAACAAGGACCUAUCAAAUUCCAAAACAACAUUCCAGUGUUGAUAAAUGAGAGCGGAAGAGUUAAAGCAAAAAUAGCUCACUUGCAUAAAAUAAAGAGAAACGAUCUUUUCACUGGCGUCAUCUAUUUUUCACUUUUUGCCUUAAUUCUUUUAAUAGCGAAAUUUAAAGAUGUGGGAAUAAUAAAUAUAACGCAUCCUCCAAAAAUAUCAAACGCUGAUAAAAUUUGCAGAUUAAAAAUUUUUCUAUAUAGUCACUUGAUAUUAAUUUUAGAUGCUUUUUCACUUGACAAGAACUGGGCCAAAAUAUCUGACGUCAGUAAUAAAGAAGCAUUUCUUCAAAUUCAUAGUAAUGGUUCCUCCAAUAAAAACUUUAUGAGUAUCAAAAAGCAGCCAUUAAACCCCGGUGGGAUUCUGCGAAAUCCAACGCAUAAUGAAAAAAAUAAUACUGCAAUGAUCCCCACGAAUACCAUCUCACAUAACGCGAAUAAUCGAAAAUAUACUGAUGUUAUAUAUGGGAUACGCGGGUUAAGCAUGCUGCACGUGGUAUAUGCUCAUACUUACCUAUUUUCUUCUUUCAUUACUAUGAACAUCGGAGAAAUAUUGGGCCCAAGAAUGCUGGAAGAUCCUACGAUAAUAUUUUUGUAUUCAGGGUUUUUCGCCGUCGAUACCUUUUUCUUUUUAUCUGGAUAUUUAUAUGUAGUAUCAACAGCGCCAAAAAUUGAAUAUCAUAAAAACACCUCAUCAAAAUCUAUUAGAAGUAAACUUAUAGACAUGCUCAAAUUAUGCUUUAGUCGAUAUAUGAGGUUGGUACCUGUCUACGUUAGCAUUCUGGUAUUUGAAAUUUUUCUGGUACCCCAUUUAGGUACAUUUACAGCUGGGCCUCCUUCAUUUAGCCUGCUCAACACUCAAUCGUAUGAAAAUUGCCGGAAAAUGUGGUGGACAAAUCUUUUAUUCGUCAACAAUAUCGUGGGAUGCAGGAAAAUGUGCGGUGUUUGGACCUGGUAUUUGGCAAACGACAUUCAGUUUCAUUUGGUGGCCCCAAUAAUAAUGGGUUUAGUUCGGAGAUUAUCCAGAAUCAAUGGAAAACUUUUUCUUUGGGGGCUAUUGGUUCUUUCGGUGGUAUCAACAUUCUUGAUAAGCUAUUUCAAUCGUUAUAGGCCAGGCAUAUUUCCAGAUGAUCCUCAAAUACUAAACUUUUUCUACGACUUCUACAUUAAACCUCACAUAAGGAUAACUCCGUAUUUAAUGGGAUUUAUAUUGGCUUAUCAAUUAUCAUCAAAUGAGGACGUAACCAUAAUCAAGCCUAAAAAUGAUAUUUCUACUCCAACGGAACCUCGAGACUAUACGAAUGUAAUAACUUGUCGAAAAAUCAAAGAGCUCACUUAUAAACACAAAUGGGCCUGCCUAACCCUAACGACUGUUCUGUCCAUCAAAGCUGUAACGUUCCUGAUAAAAGAAAUGCGGUUUUUUUUAGAGAGUGAUCCUACCAGAGGCCCUGCAUUAAUUCACGCAAUUAUAAAUGCCACUGGUCGCGUGAUAUGGUCUCUUAUUAUAGGAGCCAUCAUAAUGUGUUCUUAUAGGCAUUUCAAAGAAUCACCGAGUGAAGAAACGGACUCAAAAGAAGCUCCGACAAGUAAAAAGAAUUUACUAUUAAAUAUUCUGUGCCACCCAUUUUGGGUGCCCCUGGGUAAUUUGGCUUAUUGCACUUACAUGAUUCACCCAUCUUUAAUGCAGUUAGUUUACAAAAACUUGAGAACGCCGAUUUAUAUGUGCCACUUCCAUUACCUCGUGUUGUAUUUUGGAUUUUUAGGACUCAGCUACUUAUCGGCAUUAGCCUUAAGCCUUACUUUUGAAAUUCCUUUCAAGAAUUUGACGAAAAUAUAUCUCAAAAACUAAUUUGAUCCCUAGGAACACACCAAUUUAGUUAUUAUUUUUA